AUGGCCAAGAAACGAAGAAAUUCCUCAUCUGGCGGCGAACCGUUCCAGAACGCCGACCUGCCGACCACCAAGCAGAAAAAAAUCAAACGGUCUGGGGAUCCCAUCAACCUCAAGCCGAUUAAGGAGCUUCCGAAGGGCAAAGUCCCCAAGGACGAGCGCUCACCGGACAAGAAGAAGAACGUGCCUUCGAAAGAUCCGAUUCAAAAAAAAAUCUUCAAGGACCAAGACCAGCGAAACCCUCAAAAAAUCAAAAACAAAUCUGCCGAUCCCCCGCUACUCCCAACUUCGACUGCAGAUGAGAUCGAUUUUCCUCGUGGUGGCGGAAUUCAGCUAACCGCAUACGAACAGGCGGAAGCCAAGAGGGAUGGUGCACAAGAAGCUGAACAGCACCUCCGUUCACUAGACUCGUCGACUCAACCGAAACCUCACUCGAAAAAACGGACCUUUUCGGAAUCAAAAACUACCGACUCGGGCAAAGGCAAAGGCAAGAAGCGUGCGCAGGACGACGAAGCCAGUCAUCACCUUGCAGAUGCCUAUCGAGUCGAGCAUCUCAACCACAAGCGGCUCAUUCCCGGGAUCAAGCUUGCCGGAAUGAUCAUCCAAGUCAGACCGCUCGAACUCAUCGUCGCACUCCCAAGUCAUCUCAUCGGCCACGUCCCGAUCACAGAGAUAUCUCGUCACUAUACCCGAAGACUAACUGAACUGGCCGAAGAAGACGACCAAUCCGAUGAGAGUGGUAGCGAUGACGUCCAGGCCGAAAAUUCUCUGAAGGGAUUGGAUGAGAUGUUCACCGUCGGGCAAUGGAUCCGUUGCUCUGUUAUCAAAACCACUACUGAAACUCCUAAAACCCACCUUCGAAUGUCGCCAAUAGUCCGCUCCGCAUUCAAAGUGACCUUAACGAUCGAUCCCGUGCAUAUCAACUCCGGAAUCGACAAAUCUGAUUUACAGGGCGGGAUAACCCUCACAGGCGCCGUCAAAUCAGUUGAAGACCGGGGCUACAUCAUCGAUCUUGGAAUUUCAGUCGACCCGAAUGUCGACCCCGCCACAUCGAAAGUACCCGCAAAUCAUAUCACCGCCUUCGUCUCUUUCAUCGACGCCAGCAAGGCUACCGGAAAGGACCACGAGGAUCAGCCAUCACAACAGUGGGAAGUUGGGCAAAUAAUUUGGUGCAGAGUCAACAAGCUCUCCGAAAACGGGUCAACUUGCAUGGUUUCAGUCAACGCUCAAGAUAUCUCUCGCUCCGUACUCACCGCGGCUACCAAUAUCGAUUCUAUCCUGCCGCUACACAUGGUCUCAUGUCUUGUUACCUCAGUCAUACCUGGCCAAGGCCUCAACGUGACCUUUCUGGGUUUUUUCAAGGGGACCAUUCAAGUCCCCCACCUAGAAUGUCAUUCAACAACCGGACUGGAACUGAGUCAAAGGUUCAAGGUCGGCCAGAAGCUUCGUGCCCGGGUACUAUGGGACACGAUUCCUUCAAAAAGUCACGUAUCACUUGAUGGCAAUGAGUCGAUCCUAGGACCUAAAGUCUUCUGCUUGAGCUUUUUCGAGCAUGUGAUCAAACUCGAUUCCGAGGGACUGCCGCCUCACCUGCACAAUGGAGAACGAACGAAAUGCGACAAGGUCGAUCAGCUGCUCAGAUACCCAAUCGGCUAUAUCUUUCAAACUGUGCAGAUCUUUCGUGUUGAUGAGGAGUGGGGAGUUUAUGUGACUUGUAUCAACGGCGAAGAUGGCCUUGCGAUCGAAAUCGAUCCACCGGUUGCCUUUGCUCACAUCGCUGCGAUCUCCGAUUCGUUUCUGUCUUGUCUCUCAAAAGACAGCGGUCCUUACAAGAAUGGUUCGACACACCAGGCUCGAGUCACCGGCGUCUCUCCUGUUGAUGGCGUCCUACAGCUCACUCUGAAACCCUCGGUGAUCGAGCAACCGUACAUGCGCUCCGACGACAUUCCGAUUGGCGCAUUGAUCAGUGGCACAGUCAAAAAACUCACUUCCACCAAUCUCAUCAUAAAAAUCGAGGGAGGAAAUGAAGCGGUUGUUUGGCCCGAUCAUUACUCUGAUGUCAAGCUUCGCCACCCCGAGAAAAAAUUCCUCGCAGGGGCUAAAGUCAAAGCUAGGGUUCUUUACACAAACCCGGAAAGAGAUCAAGUCGUCUUAACUCUGAGGAAAACACUUUUACGAUCCGAUGACAUCAUUACCUCAUAUGACUUAGAUUCAGUCGGUAUAUGUACCCAUGCGAUGAUAACGAAGGUUGAGGACACAUUCAUGAUUGUUGAAUUUUUCGGUCAUGUUAAAGGCCUAGUUUCUCGUGCUGAAGCCAAUGCAGGAUACGUCGAAUCAAUGAAACCACUCUUCAAGCCCGGUGGUUUGGUCAAAGUCAAGAUUAUACAUGUUGACGUUGAGAAACGUCACAUUAUGGCGAGUGUCAAGCUUGCAACCUCUGAAGGAGCUAAGAAAGUUUCAACUGUUCUGGAGGUUGGAGAUCCGGUCUGCGCCUUUGUCACAGCAAUCCACCAAAAGUCUGUCCAAUUGGAUUUAUACCGUUCCGACGCCGAGCUCAGCACUAGCAAUCCUCUCAAAGGUCAAAUAAAUCUACAAAUUCUUGCUGCUAAGUACGCCCUCAGCCCUGAAAAGUUGCAAAAUCAUCUGAAAAAAGGCGAUCAGGUAAAAGAUUUAGUUGUUAACCAGAAACACGAAGAAAAGAACCUCUUGAUAGUCGGGUAUAAACGAACGUCAGUAGCUCAAGACCAGAUGACCGGAACUAUACGAUUCAUCCAUCCAAAUAGCCUCGUUUUAGACCUGCGCAUGGCAAAUCAGUCGUCGUCAACUGGCAAAUAUGUUGAAGGCUUCCUACCGAUCUCAUCGCUCGCUGAGCAUCGGAAUAUUCCUGUAGAUGUUUUGAAGGCACAAAUUUUCGUGGGAGAAGAGAUCCAGCCGUUACGCCCGAUUCACAAGGAUCCUCCGCGAGGCCUGUUGAUCGUCGGCUUUGCAAACUCCGAAUCUAGCGAAUUUUCCUUCACGUCGCCCGAGCCACAGGCGCUUUCGAUUUCAGACCGUGUUGUUGGGAGAGUUUCCAAGAUCUUGGACAAGAGUAUAAUAUUGAAUUUACGGAUCGAAGGUACCGAAGGAUAUGCCAAAGAGCAAGGUAUUAUUACGCAUGGUGCAGUGGCGAAACGUCGCCAGAUAUCUGAAGAACAGCUGCGAUCGGAAUUGAAACCCGGUGAUUACAUCUACGACUUGGUUGUUCGUAAGCAGGCGGAGGGCAGCGACCUUUAUUACUUAGCGUUCGCUCCUCCUCAAAAGGCUGUCACGACUAUCGACCUAUCGGUUGGUGAUCCCGUCAUCGGCACCGUGGUAGCCAUCCACGAGAAAAAUGUGAUACUUUCUUUGCACAAGGAAGGGUGCGAAGGAGCCGACGCCGCCAACCAAGGAAUCAUUUCAUCGUCGGUGCUGGCCGGCCACUGGAACGUGGGCGUGCAGAAUCUCAAGCAGAAAGUCAAAGAAGGCCAGAAGAUUCACAAGCUGGUGGUCAAGAAGACGGACGCUGACAAAGGACUUGUGAUUGUGGGAUUCGCACCAGCUCAUCUCUCGAUCCCACCUUCAACCAAUCAAUUGACGAUCGGCGAAACUUUGAGAGUACGUGUUAACUGUAGAAAUGCCAUGGGCCUGGAAGUGACGCCCGUGGAGACCUCAUCAGUAGCGGGGAGAUUUCUCAUUGAUUAUACCGACACCACCGACGAUUACGAUGAGCAGUACAAGCAUGAAGACGGCUCUGAAGUAACUGCUCGCGUCAUACAAAUCGAUAAGAAAUCGCACACAACUUAUCUAUCCGUUCGGCCCUCUGAUCUCAACAAACCGACCGAAGAGCUGCUCGAAAAUUCUGUCAAAGACCCACCAAUCCGCCGGUCGGGUGAUCUCCGCAUUAAUACAACCAUUCGAGGAUUUGUACAAAAAACCAGCAACCUCGGCUUGACCCUGCAAGUUGGCACGAACAUCCGUGCCGAAGUCCCUGCUCUAGAGUUGUUUGAUGAAGAGGUUCCGGACUGGAAGAAAAAUUUUCGAAGCGGUCAAGUCGUCACAGGAACAAUUAUGUCGACCCAUCACGGUAAAGUACGAAUUAGCCUCCGAAAAAAUCCCCGCGCUCCCAAAGGUGUCCUUACCUGGGACAAGCUCCAGGUAGGCCAGAUAGUCUCAACCGAAGUCUGCAGCAUCAAACUGUACGGCAUCUUUCUCCGAAUUCCAAAGACUCAGAUCAGUGGUUUGUGUCACAAAUCUCAAAUUUACGACACUCAAGAGCAGUCCGACAACCACAAAAAGGAUUGGAGCAAAGUCUAUAAUGAAGGUAUGACAUUGAAGGCUUUGAUCCUUACACUCGAUGUGCCAAACAAAAAGGUUAGGUUCUCCAUCAAACCCACAAAUGUGAACCCCGAAGGCAACAAGGACGGAGCAGGAGAUCAAAGUCCAGAAAUUAUCGAAAUAACAGACCAUGACUCGGAUGAAGACUCAGAUUAUGACACCUCACAUCCAGAAGGCACGUUACUCCCAACUUCCAACGUGAACCUAGACGGCGGAACAACGCAUCCUUCGACUGUUAGCAUCGAUUUCACUGAAUCAUGCCUACCGAUAUCUAGCGGCUUUAGCUGGGACACCAAUCGAUCCGGCACCAACGAUGCAGAAGAGAAAGAUGAACUAUCAACCGAUACCGAUGACGCCCCUGAACAGCUUCCAGCCUCAGAAUCUCCUACUGCUACAACCAAACAGCAGUCGGUAGAUGAGCUUGAACAGUUGAUAUCAGAGUCUCCCAACUCAUCUCGCCUAUGGACUCGACUAAUUUCUCUUUACAUUCAGAAAGUCGACAUUCCUCAAGCCCGCGAGACGGCGAGAAGAGCAUUAGGGGCAAUCCACUAUCGCGAGGAAGUCGAGAAAUGGAAAGUCUGGAUUGCGCUCUUGAAGUUGGAAAAUAAUUACGGCACUGAGGAGCAGUUUUCUAAAACUUUCAAAGAUGCAUCCGUAUCAUACGAUACUAAGACCGUAUGGCUCAAGGUUGCGGAAAUUUAUGCUGACAGCGGGAAAACGGAAAAAGCAGAUGAGAUUUACAAUCAGGCGCUCAAGAAAUUCAGUCACAGCUCUAAAGUUUGGUCCUUAUAUGGUGGAUUUUGCCUAAAAAAUGAUCGGCCAACUGAGGCUUCAGACUUGCUAUCUCGUAGUCUAAAAAGCUUACCUAAGCACAAACACCUGAAGACCACGAAUAAAUUCGCCCAACUAGAAUACAAGUUCGGUGAUCCAGAGCGAGGCAGAACGCUUUUUGAAGGAAUGCUGGAUAACUAUCCUAAGCGGCUAGACCUCUGGAAUGUUUACGUAGACCUCGAAAUCAAAGCCGGUACUGCGGCUGCAAAUAUUCGUUCCGUUUUCCAGCGCAUGCUGGCUUUGAAAUUAAAACCAAAACGAAUGAAACCCAUCUUCAAGAAAUGGCUUUCCUUCGAGCAAACACAUGGCGAUAAGGAGAGUCAAGAUCAAGUCGUUCAACAUGCUCAAACUUACGUGGCAACAUUGAUGGCGUCAUCUCAGCCAAACAGGCAAAUCGAAGGCUCUGAUGAUGACGAAUAG